AUGACCAUCAUGGACAAUCGACGAAUGAAUCCACUGCAACUCACCGAAAUGGCGAGUCUCAAGCUAGCGAGUGUUCAACCUACGCAUCAGAUGAUCAUUAAAUACCUGCGAAUUGCCAUGAAGGACGACGUCACAUCACCACUCGAACAUGUUGCGGGACUCACUGUAUUGCAACUUGUUGAACGACAAGCGCAUAAUCUCCCGCAGAUGGAGUGA